CUAUUUAUAAAUGUAGUUAGAAUAGAAACUCCUUGUGAACCGAGGAAAAAUGGACCCGGCGGGGCCGCGAAGGCGAAGCGCUGCAUAUGAGCACAGGUCUGUUAUCGGAAACAUACUCACGCCAACGUCUGGUCCACCGGGACAAGCUGAUUAUCGCGUGACACCCGCGUCGCGUGGCACGGGCCAAGCUGCUGUCUCGCGGCCGCCUUGGGCGACAGAACUAGACGACGGGGGUGGAGGCUAUGGCGCGCCCCUGCCGGGCCGCCCCGGCUCGGCGUCCCGGCCGCGGCCAGGGGCGGAUGCUCGCUCCGCCCACGAGGAGUUCAGCUUUGCUACUCCCCCGUCCCGGGCAGCAGGCAGCUUUGCCGGGCCGGGCGGUAGCGGUGGGCAGGGUGACCAACUGGACCUGUGGACGCAGCAACAGGCGCAGCAGCACCCGCACCAGCAGCCGCGGCCUAGCUCCGGCUCGGCUCGCACAGGCUUCGACGCCGGGCUAUACGCGCGAGUGGAUCACGAUGCGGGCGCGCAUGGCCCCCCGGGGGCGGCUGCACUAACUCCGGGCGAAUCAGCAUCGUCGCUGGGGCGCCGAGUGGGCUCUGUGGGCACGGGCGGCGGCGUGGCGAGGCUGCAGGGCGGCAGCAUGAGCAGCACAGAUAGCGCCUCGGGAGAGCUGUCCGCAACAGGCAGGGCCGGUAGCGGGCGUGCUGCUGCGGUGGGUGCUGGGGCAGGCACCGGGGUUCAGCCCGCACCCACCGGCGCUGCCCGCGCCCCUGGCCGCCCGCCGCCCGGCGCCGGUGCUCCGGGCCCGACUGCCGGCAGCAGCAGCUCCGCCGCCGCUGCCGCAUCGGCCUCGAGCCGUGUAGGCGCCUCCCCUGCACGCGGUGCUGCCGCCGCCCGCGCCGGCGCCGCCGCGGGCACUGGAGGCGGCGCCAGCACGAGCAGUGCCGGCGGCGCAGCGCCGGGCUCUCGCUCCACCUCCACGCCCCGCCCGCGGCCCGGCCUGCCGCCCAAGCGCUCCACAUCUGACAGCCCCCGCCGACCCCCUGACUGGGUGGACGUCGCAGAACCAGCACCCAGCAGAGGCAGCGCCGCGGCCGCGGCCAUGGCCAGGGGCGGAGGCGGUGGUGGGAGCGGGGGCGGGGGGCCGGCUCCGCGGCGGCCGGGCGCCGGCGCAGCCGUGCGCGCCGUAGGGCGCGGCGGCAGCGCCGGCGCCGCGGAGGGGCGGUGGGACGGGGGCGACAACGAUGGGGACCGGGGCUCUUGGCUGUUUGCGGGGGACCCUGACGCGACAGAGGCGGAGCCGUCGAUGAAGGCGGCUGCGCCGGCCGCGCGGAGCGGCGGCGCCAAAGGCGCGGCUGCGGACCGGCGGCCAGUGCCGGCGCCGGCGCCGGUGAAUGAAUGGGACGAGGUGCCUGUGGGCGGCGCACGGGCACGGCAGGCGGCGGUGGAGACGACGGCGCUGGUUGAUUCGCACGAGCCGGCGGGGCCGCCGGAGCGCAGGCAGCACUGGGCGCAGGCGCAGUCGGACUGGGACACGUCGCUGGCGGAGGAGGAGUCCGGCAGGCUGGGGGGCGCAGGGGGUGGUGGCGGAGCUGGCGGGCGGAGUUUGGACCGUGGGGACAGUGCGGGCGGCCGCGGCACGCGGCAGGCAGGUGGCUCGGGGCUGGACUGGGGCGAGGAGGGCGAGGAGCGACACGGCGGCCACACGGGCCCGACGUCGUUCGGCCGGCGGGCGGCUAAGCCGCACGGUAGCCCGGGGCCUGCGCCAGCUGCAGCUGCAGUGACUUCAAGUGGCGGAGGUGCAGGGCUAGAAGCCACCUUUUCCUCCAGUCCCAACCCGGCCGCGAGCUUCACGUUUGGCGGCCUGGCUAGCGGCGGGCUGGGCCACGGGCUGGCGGCGGGCGAAGCUGUGCCUCGGGCCCCCAGCCGUGGCGGCAGCAGCGGCGCUAGCGGGGGCGGGGCGGGGCGGGGCCCGUCAGCGGGCUCGGCGUCUGCAGAUUCCAAGCAGAUGCAGGCGCUGCAGGAGGAGAACGCCCGGCUUCGAGAACAGGUCGAGCACCUGCAGAGGCUGGCGGCGAUGGCGACGGCAACGGCGGCGGGCGGCAGUGGACCAGACGCGACCGCCUUGGGCCGGAGAGCGGCGGCGCCGGCGGGGGCUGCGCCCGCGCAGCGGCCGUACAGCGCCUCGGCGGCGGAGGCGGCGCGCGGCCCUGUGGCGGCGCUGGCGGCUGCGAAUGCGGCUGGUGUGCACUUGCAGCAGUACAAGAGCCAGGUCGUACAGCUGCAGCGGCAGGUGGCGCUCAUGUCGCGGGAGAUGGAGGCCAAGUCCCGGAUGGCGGCGGAGGCGGAGGGCGCCCUGCUGGCUACUGCGGAGAGGCUGCAGGAGCUGGUGGCGGCUACUGCGCCCGCUGCCGCCAGUGACGACGCCGCACCACUGAGCCGUGACCAGCUGGCGCAGCUGCACAAGUGGUCCAAACAGAUGCUGGGGCGCCUGAAGAGUGAGAAGUCGCAGUCUGCCCGGCUGUUCAGUCGGCAGGACCUAGCCGACAGCAUUGCACGAGCAGGCCGCGCCGGCGGGGCCGGCACCGGCGGCGGCCUCGGCGGCCUUUCGCCAUCCUGGGGCGACUCUUCAUCUACCGGCGCGGGCGGCGGCGCCGCAGGCGCGCCCGCUCAGACCUGGCAGGUGCCUUUCAUCGCCGCUGGUGGCAACCGCUUUCUACAGGCGGCAGCCGCCGCCGCGUCAGCGGCGGACGACGGUUCCGGGGUGGCGGCGGCGGUGCCGCCGCCGCCAGGGCCUUCUGUGGCGGCCAUCGCCAGCGGCCAGGCGGCGCUGCUGGCGGACCCGCUACUGGCGCACCGACUGGAGCUACAGCUGGCGGCAGUAGCGCCCAAGCUGGCGGCUGUAGCGGUGCUGCUCAAGACGCAGCUACUGCCGGCCAUGCCCUGGCUGUCUAUGGAGGCAUCGGACCGCCUGCAGGCGGAGACUUCGGAGGCCGCCGAGUCGGUGGCCCAGGCCGCCGAGGGGCUGGUGCAGCUGUGCAGUCUGCUGCCGGCGGGCGCGGCGGUGUUUGGCGACGCGGCCGUGGCGGGAGAGCCCAAGCGCAGGGCCGCCGAGGUGGAGGCGGGCCGUGACGCGUGGCUGUACGGCAGCCCCGACAUGCUGGGGGCGCCCCCCGAGCAGCCCAUGGUGGAUGAGGCGGGGCUGGUCAGCGUGUCGCGGGUGCAGGCCGCCCUGACGCCGCUGCUGCGUGACCGCAAGGCCGGCGGCCGGGCGCUGGGCGAUGUGCUGGAGCCGCUGCGUGCGGCGGCGGCGGCCGGCGCGGCCAAGCGGGCGGUGCUGGAGGCGGAGCUGAGGUUCGCGGCGCGGUCUGGCGGUCUGGCGGCUGAGCACGUGGCGCACCUGAUGAUGAGCGUGGGCAUGGCGCUGGAGGACGUGCGAGCCGCCAAGGACACCGCCGCCAUCAAGUCGUACUUCGGCGCGGCGGCGGCUGUACGGCAAGUGCUGCAGGCGGCGGACAGCCUGGAGGUGCACCCCUGCGAGGCCUGCCUCAAGGCGCUGGUGGAGCAGGUGCGGGCGCAGCGCGACUGGCUGGACCGGCUGCCCGACCUGCUGGUUAACGCGCCCGCAGCGGACGUGGAGGGCCGGCUGCUGGGCAAGGUGGAGGAGCUGCAUCAGGGCUUCAAGAAGGCGCUGGGCAAGCUGGAUGCGCACAAGCGGCGCACGCUGGAUGUGCACGCGCGGAGAGCGGGCGGCGACGCGGCUGGGGAGGACGAGGAUGCGGAGGGCGGCGGGUAUGAGGAUGACUGGCAGGGCGACGAGGGAGGUGAAGAAGGAGGCAGCCAGCGGCCGCACGGGCAUGGCGGCGCCAGGGGCGGCGCGACAGGCACGGGGACAGGGACAGGGAGGGCGGGCGCCGCUGCGGCCAACCCGCCGAAGCCCUCCCCGCCGCGGCGCGAGUGGCAGGACUAGUGUGUGGAGUGACCUAGACCACCCUGGUGUGGAGUGACCUAGACCACCGCUGCUUUUGAGGUAUGGGUACGUAUAGCGGCAGCGGAGGAGGGAAGCGCGUUCUUGCGAGUCUGACUGGAUACUGCACGGAUGGCGAAUGACAACGUAACCGGCUGCCCUGACGCGGUGUGCGCCGCAAACUGACCAUACGGUACCACAUAUGGUGAGCUGUGUCAAACUGUAUCAAACCCCCAUGUGUCCCGGUUCGCCCCGAUCCGU